AUGAUGCUCAAGAUGCUGCCGUUUAAGCUGCUGCUGGUGGCCGUGGUUCUGUGUUUCUUCGAGGGGGAUGCCAAGUUUGGGGAGAGCGGCGCCCGGAGGAGAAGGUGCCUCAACGGGACCCCGCCGCGGCGGCUGAAGAAGCGGGACCGGCGGGUGCUGUCCCCGGAGGCCCCGGGCGGCGGGGAGGCGAUGUGCCGCGGCCUCUACCCCCGCCUGUCCUGCUGCUCCCGCUCCGAGGCGCAGGGUCUGCCGCACGCCGAAGCCAAGGUCCUUUCUGUUACCAACAACACAGAAUGUGCGAAGCUACUGGAGGAAAUCAAGUGUGCACACUGCUCACCUCACGCUCAGAACCUAUUCCACUCACCUGAGAAAGGGGAAACUCCUGAAAAAGAACUAAUGCUUCCCUACCUGUGCAAAGACUAUUGUAAAGAAUUCUAUUACACCUGCAGAGGUCACAUACCAGGUUUCCUCCAAACUACAGCUGAUGAGUUUUGCUAUUACUAUGCAAGAAAAGAUGGUGGUGUGUGCUUUCCAGAUUUUCCAAGAAAACAAGUGCGAGGGCCAGCUUCUAACUCCCUGGACCACAUGGAAGAAUACGACAAAGAGGAAGAGAUCAGCAGAAAACACAAGCACAACUGCUUCUGUAUUCAAGAGGUUGUGAGUGGACUAAGGCAGCCUGUUGGAGCAGUACAUUGUGGGGAUGGAUCCCAUCGCCUCUUUAUUCUUGAGAAAGAAGGAUAUGUCAAGAUUUUCACUCCCGAAGGAGACAUACUCAAGGAACCUUUUUUGGAUAUACACAAACUUGUUCAAAGUGGAAUAAAGGGAGGAGAUGAAAGAGGACUGUUAAGCCUUGCAUUCCACCCCAAUUACAAGAAAAAUGGAAAGCUGUAUGUGUCUUAUACCACCAACCAAGAACGGUGGGCUAUUGGACCUCAUGACCACAUCCUUAGGGUCGUAGAGUACACAGUAUCCAGGAAAAAUCCACACCAAGUUGACAUGAGGACAGCAAGAGUGUUUUUAGAAGUAGCAGAACUACAUCGAAAACAUCUAGGAGGACAGCUGCUGUUUGGCCCCGAUGGUUUCCUAUACAUUUUUCUUGGAGAUGGCAUGAUCACUCUAGAUGACAUGGAGGAGAUGGAUGGUUUAAGUGAUUUUACAGGUUCUGUAUUGCGCCUCGACGUCAAUACUGAUCUGUGCAAUGUCCCUUACUCCAUCCCACGGAGCAACCCACACUUCAACAGCACCAACCAACCUCCUGAGAUUUUUGCACAUGGACUCCACAAUCCAGGCCGGUGUGCUGUGGACCGGCACCCAACAGAUGUAAACAUCAACUUAACUAUACUUUGUUCAGAUUCGAAUGGAAAGAACAGAUCUUCAGCAAGGAUCUUACAAAUAAUAAAGGGCAAAGACUAUGAGAGUGAGCCCUCCCUUCUAGAAUUCAAACCAUUUAGCAGUGGCUCCCUGGUUGGUGGAUUUGUGUAUCGGGGCUGCCAGUCGGAGAGGCUCUAUGGAAGUUACGUGUUUGGAGACCGCAAUGGAAAUUUUUUAACACUGCAACAGAGUCCUGCAACCAAACAGUGGCAAGAGAAACCCCUCUGUCUUGGCAACACUGGCUCAUGUAGAGGUUUCUUUUCAGGCCCUGUCUUGGGAUUUGGAGAAGAUGAAUUAGGUGAGAUUUACAUAUUAUCAAGCAGUAAAAGUAUGACACAGCCUCACAGUGGAAAACUCUACAAGAUCGUUGACCCAAAAAGGCCUUUAGUCCCUGAAGAAUGCAAAAGAACAGCUCAGCCUGCACAGAUACUGACAUCUGAAUGCUCGAGGCAUUGUCGGAAUGGGCACUGCACUCCCACAGGAAAAUGCUGCUGUAAUCCAGGCUGGGAAGGAGAGUUCUGCAGAACUGCAAAAUGCGACCCAGCCUGUCGACAUGGAGGUGUCUGUGUAAGGCCCAAUAAAUGCUUAUGUAAAAAAGGCUAUCUCGGCCCCCAGUGUGAACAAGUGGAUAGAAACAUCCGAAGAGUGACAAGGGCAGGUAUUCUUGAUCAGAUCCUAGACAUGACAUCCUAUUUGCUGGAUCUAACCAGCUACAUUGUAUAGUUUCUGGGACUAUUUGGAAACUCCACUUUCAACGGGCAUUUGUUUUGAAUCCUGUCAUUUUUGAAAGACUGUUAUCCUGCAAACAAACACCGGCGAUUUGUUUUACUUUAUUAAUUUAAGUGUAAUAUCCACCAAUGUGCAGAAAAAUCCCUUGUAUGUGUGUAAAUAUUCCUGCACGUCUCCACAGACGUCCCGAUAUCCAAUAUGUGCACACAUACACACGCAGCCGCUAUCACAAAUACGGUUUUGCAGAGAGUGGAAUCUUUUUUAAUAUUUAUUUCUUCAUGAGAAAUAGUUUACGAAGCAAUUCCACUGUAAAACACAUUUUCGUCAAAGGACUUUCCUGAUGUCUUAAUGGAUUCUUUGACAUCCCAGAAAUCUCGUUCCUGUACCUAUCUGAUUAUAGCAGUGAGAAAGCAGUUUCCAAACAUCGCUGUCUAAACUGCUGGACUUAAUAAAAUCCAGUUGUAACAGUUUUUAAGGUAAACUGAACUCCAUCAUGAGACAAUAUUUCAGAACUGCUUAAUGCAUUCCUAUCUAGGCAAUUCAUUGUAAGACUGUAACCUUCACUUUCAUCAAUGUAACUCUAUUACAGAAUGUUAUUUCUUUAUCUAGCAUAGAUGCAAAAAUCUGGUUAUCGCAGCUUAAUAUCAAGAUUGUUUCAAGUGUUAAAUAAUUAAAUUAUAUUCGCAUAUUUCAAAACCAGUCAUCCUAGAAGGUCUGCUUUUUAUCAUAUAUUUUAUUUAACGAUGGGCACUGGGUUCAUGUUACAUAUUUAUAUUAUUUUAUUUUAUUUUUAUAAUAUAGACAUCACCUAGAUGAGACAGCUUUACCAUGUCCUGUAAAAUACUAAAGUUACAUUUCUCACCAAGUUAAUUGGAAAGACUGGGAAAGAGAGAGCAAACGCACACAUACUUCAACGUGCUGUGGAUCUAAUCUAGAAAUGUACCCUUGUGUCAACUUGUGCUCAUUUACACUGGAUAAGAAAAAAGCGCGAAUGCCCACCAACCAUAAUAAAAUUCCAGCAUGUGUUCCCAGUGUCCAUAAAGUGAUUUUCACCGUAGCAGGACAGUGCAAGAGGUGAUACACAGGCAGACUUUGCCAAUGCCACACUGAACGGGGUGUCCCGGGGUCAGAGCUCACAUGAGCACGUGCUGCCUGUGCACGGUGUCACUUGUACAAAACCUAGAGCAGCUCUUGCCAAAUGUGGUUCUAAAUGUUCUUUGGAGAGCCAACAGAAACCCGAGUCUAGGCAAAUGUAUCAAUAAAUGUGGUGUACAUGCUGUAGUCAGGUUUUCUAAGGUAUGAAUUAAUUAGAUGCAUCUGCAGAACUGCUGCCCUCUUAUCUCCAGCUCUACUAGCAGCUUCUUUGUUCACUGCUUACCAACUAUCAGGUUUCCUUUCUACAACACCUUUUCACUACCUGCAAACUACCUACUGCAGCUUUUACAAAAUCUUGCCUAAGAAAAGAAAGCAGAGCAGCCCCAGUGUGCACAUCCUGUGGUCCUUAGGAGCAGCUGCUCAUGCAUCAAAGAUUGACAACAUUUUAGCCAAACAGAUCUAAAUUACUUUUGCCAUGUUACUCUCUAGUAGUAAAACCAUCUCUCCAGGGCAGCAGCAUGCAACAGAUUUUCCCUCAUAGAAAUUUGUCAGUGUUCAUUUCAUGAGUAUUAAAUCUGAAAUUACAGCAUAACCGAUACUUGCAUUUCUGUGUCUCACACAUUCCAGCUCCAAGGAACAGACAAUUACAUUUGCCUUCCAUAUAUGUUUGCCUGGGUUUCGAGUGACCUCAUGCCAAAUGGAAAUUGGUUGAGAAAUCUUGGUUAAGUGCUCAGAGAACAAUGGUCUGCAUUAAAAAGUGCAUGCAUAAUUUUGCACAAUGUAGAUUCAACUGACAGUCCAUUGAAAGACAUCUUGGGAUUAAAUGAGCAUGAAGACCAAAUUGCCCUCUCACCCCAGAAAAGGGUGGUCCCUUAUAGUCACACGAACACUUCAUUGGCUAAGCAGUGUGACCAAUCUUAAAAUGAACCCUGUGGUAGCAUCUGCAGGUUAAUAGCAGCUCUUUGUCUCCACUGCUUUCUGCCUUUAGUCUUUUCCCUGAAUUCCAUCACAAAAAGUCCUACAAUUAAAAAAAUGUCCUGACAACCAUUUUUGUAAAUUGACCUUAGCAUCUAAUCUUUCCUUAUUCAACGUGGGUGACAAAAAUGUGAACUUCUCAUGAAUGAGCCAGCUGUCUAAAUCUGUCACAUAGCUCGGUUUUAUUACACUCUUCAUAAUCAGCACGGCAAGAAAAGUCGCUGAAGUAUUUUAGCAACGUUUAAAUAUCUGACAGAGAUAACAUCUUUAACACUUUCUUCAAUGGAAUAUAUUUAAAAAGAAACCCAACUUUACCUCUACUGUGACACUUUGUUUUCAACAACCAGCUGGGAAGAUGUGAUAGCUCGUUUCUCACUGCUUAGUGCCUUAAAAAAUACCACAGAUGGCACCUAAAUUGGAGGUUCACAAUAAUAUAUACAUGCCACAGUCAUGCAGUGAACAGAAAACAAUGAUCUUGGAGUUUUGAUCUUAAUAAUAAUGAAAAUUUUGUUUACUAGUGAAAUCCAAAAAUAAAAAUCCAGUAAGAGCUAAGAAUUAAAUCCAGGCCUCAUUCAAAUCAACAGCAAAAACUCACAUUGACUGUGUUUCACCCAGAAAAUCACUUUCAAAUUUAAGCAAAAAUUAAGCAAAAUUCUUCAAUUUGUUUUAUAAAAAAAAAAAAAAAAAUCUGCUCUGAAUAAUUCCAUUAAAACUUCAAAAUUAAGAAAUAAUCUAAGUGAAGGUUUGAGGGAGAGAAGAGAUAGUUUGUGAAACUGUUUUGAUUCAUUUUUAAAUCAUCUUUCAUAUUGUGUGAAAGCAGGCAUCUGCAUUAAGCCCACAUGUUCAUAGGAAGUCCCAGUGGAAAAGAAGUAUUCUCAUAAAAAAAAAAAAAAAAAAAAAAAAAAGGAAAGAAAAAAAAAAUCCUAGCUGCUUAUUUAUCAAAAGAAAUUAUACUAUUAAAAAGAGUGAGCAAACCCCAGGCCUAGCCACCCAAGAUGCUGAUAUAAAAAGGGCAACUGCAGUAAUUGCCCUGAGAAUUGGCAUACAAAAAAACCCAAAAAAAAGGGUCUGUAGAAAGCCUGUUGCCAGUUAGGUCAUUCUGCAGCCAUUCUCACACAACCUCCGAGAGUGUCCCAGAAUAAAACUGAGCUUAUAAAUGAAACUAGAUAAAUGAGGCAAUUAGAUAAGGGCCUCCAGAAGGGAUUUUAUGUAUGUGUUCAAGUUGUCUCUGUCUCUGUGUCUCUCUCUCUCCUAAUCUUUUAUUCCAUUCAUUUCUUCCUUUAUUCCGAGAUACUGCCUCUCUGUUCCCAACACAUUGGACAUUUCAAGCAUUCUUUCAGCCUUUCUGCUGCUGAAGGAGAACAAACCUACCUGUUGCAAGAAACAUGACUCUCCCUGAUGCCUGCUAGUGUUAAACCCCUGCUUUAUUAUUUUGGGACCGAAAACUCAUCUUUUUUUUAAAUGCUGCUGGUCAGAAAGAAGGCAUAUUGCUGGAAUAUAAGGAGAAACAUCUUUACUCCAUAGAUAAGCAGGGAGACAAAAAGAUGUUAUGCAAAAUCAGCUCCAAAUCGUUUUCACUCCAUUUCAGAAAAACAGUAAACUCAUUUUUCUACUGUGCCCAUAAGAAAUACUAACUCAAAGCCUCCCCCCCCCCGGGAAUAAAUUUCUUCUGUUAGCAAACAAGGACUCAGAUCCAAACCCUUUUUACCUUUAAAUCCUUACGCGUUAUUCUAUUUCAUGCAAACAAAGUGUAAGUUAGGUAUAAACAAGGAUAUAAAUUCUGUAUCACUGACAAGACACCUCUGUUUAUCUCCUCCUUUCACUCACUUGUCCACAUUUGGUUUUGCAGCUCCUUCCUUUCUAGACCCACAGCAAACAUCAGCAAUCCCUGGUUGCUGCAGGUGCUUAUUAAUUUUGAAAGUGCCUGACAGAUGUGUGCAUUAACAUCUUCCCAGCAGGCGGAGGCUUUUAUCUUUUGGUCAUUCCACAGAAUGUUGUUAUUUUAUAGUGACUUCUAGCACUGUGUCUUAGCUGGGCAUUUACAGUCCAGGAGUACCAGCCUCACACAGCUCAGGCACAAACAGACUGAAGCUGGAGGAAGGCAGAAAUCACUUCAGUCACUGUGCUGAUCACAGAUUUACCCAUUGCAAUCCAGUGAUCAAAUGCCUUAACUGAAAACCAGAAUAAUAUCCCUGGCAUGAUGAAAUGUAACUUUUCAGUACACAUUUUCUCUAAUUUGGCUUGAGAAACAAGGACCUUUUCCUGUAAAAUUACGCAAAAUUGAGAC